AUGGCUGCCCUGGACCCGAAAAGCUUCAACAAGCUGUACUUGAACGGCCAGUAUGUCGCUGCACAGAACAAGGAGACGUACAGCCUCAAGAAUCCCAAGGACAACAGCGCCGUGACGGACUGUGUGCCGAUUGCCGGGGCUGCAGAUGUUGAUGCCGCAGUGGAAUACGCCGAGGCGGCAUUCCGCGGGCCAUGGAGCAAAUUUACCGGCAUUCAGCGGACCGAGUGCUUUAUGCGUCUGGUCGCACUGCUGGACGAAGAGCUGACGCCCAUCCUGACACUGGACUCGCAGACGUCGGGCAUUCCCGUUUCGCUGGCGCCCGUGCGCGAGCGCAAUUACAUCCGCAACUGUCUGAUCUACUAUGCCGGCUGGACAGACAAGCACAAGGGGGACUACUACCCGGCAGACGAUGGCUUUGUCAAGCUGGUGCGCCACGAGCCGCUGGGUGUAUGUGCGGCCAUCAAUCCGUUCAACGCGCCGCUGGCGACACUGUUUCUCAAGGUAGCGCCGGCACUGGCGACGGGCAACGUGAUCAUCGUGAAGCCAAGCGAGAAGACGCCGCUGGGGACGCUGGCCGCGGCCGCGCUCUUUGCCCGGGCUGGCUUCCCGCCGGGGGUGGUGCAGGUCGUGACGGGGUUCGGGGCGACGGGCGCGCUGCUGGCGGAGCACAUGCGGAUCCGCAAGGUUAGCUUCACCGGCUCGGUGGCAACGGGCAAGCGGAUCCAGGUGGCAGCAGCCCAGAGCAACCUGAAGCGACUGUGCGUGGCGGCUUCGCGCCUGUACGUGGAGAAGAGCGCGGCGCCGCGAUUCAUCGAGGCCUACACCGCACGCAUGAAGGCGGCCGCUGGUGAUCUGGGCGAUCCCCAGGACCCCGACGUCCGGCUCGGCCCCAUGGUCGACGCUGAUCAGCUCGAGCGCGUGCGUGCCAUGGUCGAGCGUGGACGUGCCGAGGCUGAGCUCGUCGUCGGCGGCCUGCAGCACGGCACCACUGGCUGCUUCAUGCAGCCGACUGUAUUUCUCAAUCCGCGCGACGACGCGGAGAUCUACCGCAACGAGAUAUUUGGGCCCGUCGCCAUCAUCAAGACGUUCGAGUCCGAAGACGAGGUCCUUCGGCUCGCCAACGACACCGAGUUCGGCCUCAUGGCCGGCGUCUUCACCCGCGACAUCACCCGCGCCCUUCGCCUCUCGUCCGCCAUCGAGGCCGGCGUCGUCGGCAUCAACUGCGUCAGCCUCCAGAGCCUGCAGGCCCCCUUUGGCGGCAAGAAGCAGAGCGGCGUUGGCCGCGAGUUUGGCGAGUACGCCCUCCGCCUCUACACCGAGCCCAAGACCGUGCUCAUCAACAUGGCCGUGUAG